AUGACAGAAUCUUGGGAUAGUAGCGAUGCUGAAAGUCCUUUAAACGGUUUCCAAUGGGAACAACUUAUUUCAACACAUUUACCGAAUUUACACACAUUUAACCUGAAUGUUGCAACAAGUAAACAACGAUUGGAUGAUGAAUUAAUACAUUCAUUUAAAACAGAUUUUUGGAUUCAACAUAAUUGAAAUUCUCAUCAACUUGGAAAUGAGCAAAAAUAUAUUCUAAUGAUGAUUGGUUUUCUCGGUCAAUUUUCUCUAAUCUAA